AUGCCUAAGACGCCUCCAAAGCCGAAAAAGUCCCAAGAACAGAAGAAGCCUACCACUGCCACAAAGAGCACCGAGUCUCCAACGCCAAAGCCUAAGCGUAAGAGACAAGAGACAAAGAAAGCGACCAAGGAACCUGAUCGCAAGAUCCUAGUUGCCGUGGAUUUUGGAACCACUUUCUCUGGUAUCGCGUGGGCUCAGACUCGCCAGCCGGAGGUUCCAUCGAUAAUCAUUCAGUGGCCGGAUGCCACUUCCGACAGCCUAGAAGGUGUCAGUAGCGACAAGGUUCCAACGGAGAUCACGUAUGAUGGCGAAAAUUAUAGGUGGGGCUUCCAGAUCAAAGAUCCGGAGCAAAGACAUCAGUGGUUUAAAUUGGCCCUGGACUCUUCUCAAGCCCGUGAUAUGGAUCUCGCCUCUCAAUACACUGAUCCCCGGGCUUGUCCGCCACCUUACGACGCCGAAAAGCUCGCGACAGAUUUCAUGACCGCUCUUCGCCAGCAUACCGUACGAGUCCUCCGUCACAAUGUCCCGGAAAGUGCAUUGCUCUCCACUCCGAUCGAAUACAUCAUCACCGUCCCCGCCAUGUGGUCUGACAUGGCCCAAGCUAAAACUAGAGCUUGUGCAGAGGCCGCUGGCAUGGGUGCAGGAGCUGCUCUUCACAUAGUCUCCGAACCUGAGGCUGCAGCAUUUUUCGCGUUGCCCGCUCUGGACCCACACGGUAUCAAGAUCGGGGACACUUUCAUGAUUUGCGAUGCCGGUGGAGGAACCGUUGAUCUGAUUACUUACAAAGUCUCCGGCUUAAAACCAAUCCUGAAGCUCGCUGAGGCGAGUCCUGGAUCCGGCUCAGCGUGCGGUGCUACGAUUCUCAACCGCAGAUUCCGAGAGUAUCUUGAGGGGAAGCUUGCAAACGAGGAUGGAUACGACGACGAGGUGUUGGAUGAGGCAAUGAAACGAUUUGAGGGCAUCGUCAAAAGACAGUUCCGUGGAACAUUCGGCGAAGAAUUCCAGAUACCGGGUCUCGCAGAUAACAAGAAGCUGGGCAUCCGUAAAAACAAGAUGACUCUCUCAGGUAUUGACGUUAGGGCCAUCUUUGAACCCGUGGUGAAGGAAGUGCUCGCAUUGGUAACCGGCCAAAUUAAGGCCGCUAGGAGAUCUGUCAAAGCUAUCGUUUUAGUUGGUGGUUUCGGACAGAAUUCGUUUCUGCGAGAUGCCAUUCGCGAAGAAGUCAAGUCCAGCAACGUGGAAGUCUUGCAAUCUCCCUGCAGUUGGACUGCCGUCGUUCGAGGGGCUCUGAUGAUGGGGCUGGCAUCAACCUCCCCUGCUUUUGCAACGGUUGCAAUCAGUGGGCGGUCUGCCCGAAAAUACUAUGGUACCAACUGCGGCCUGCAGUAUCUCGACCUGGAACACGGCAAUGCAAGGAAAAUUUGGGAUGCAUGUUCGGGUUUCUACCGGACCUACAUGAUGGACUGGUUCAUCGAAAAGGGCAGUCUCGUCAAAGAAGACAGACCCGUACGACUGAGCUAUCAGCGAAAGAAAUUAGUGUCCCGUGGAUCCCUCACAACGAUUUCGACAACCAUCUACUGUUCCAGCGAUCCACAGAACUCGGGCGCGCCCAAGUACGUCGAGGACGAAAGCGUGACCCCGCUCGUCAAAGUCGAAGCGGACCUGAGCCGCCUCCCCGCCCACCAGAUCCCCCGGAAAAGGGGCGCCGACGGCAAGAUGUACUACCACGUCGACUACGCCAUCCAGGUCACGUACAUGUCGGCUUACACCUCCUACGAGCUCAUCUGCGGCGGCGUGAACUACGGGCGCGUCACUUCCGAGUAUGUCUGA